UGUUACAUACUAAAGAUAUAGAGAGAGAAACUGAGCAUGAGCUUUAGAGAGAGAGAGAGAGAGAAGAGUGGUAAAACAGCAGAGAUGCACCGCCACGGAUCUGUUCUAUUGUGUUCUCCAUACUCAUUCUUGAUUUCCAUUAACGAAUGUUCAAUGCGGAGCUUCUUCUGAAACGAAGGAGAGCUUUGAUUCCUUUCUGAGCUCAAUUGGCAUUUAAUUUUAUCAACCGAGUCAACUCGGUGAUACACUUCUUUCUCUCUCCCCUUCUCUCUCUCUCUGUCUCUGCUACAGUGUAGGAGUCGAAGUGGGUGGUUUUGGUUUCGGAAAAAGUGGUGAUCUUUGGGGUUAAUGGUUGAUUCCCGGCUGGUUUCGCCGGAGCUCUGGUAAGCUCCGGCGAGUGUUGGGGAAUUGGUUGAGGGAAAUGUGUGUUUGGUAGUUGAAAAAUGUUCAAGUCGGCGCGAUGGCGGAGCGAAAAGGGGAAGAUCAAAGGUGUUUUCAAGCUGCACUUCCGUGCAACUCAGGUAGCAGGGGAUGCAUUGAUGAUCUCUGUGGUUCCUGGUGAUGUUGGGAAGCCAACAGUGAAAUCAGAGAAAGCGACGAUUCGUGAUGGGAGCUGUUGCUGGGAGAAUGCGGUUUAUGAGACUGUGAAGCUGUAUAGAGAACCGAAAUCGGGGAAGAUUCAUGAGAGAAUCUAUAACUUUGUUGUUGGAACUGGUUCUUCGAAAUCGGGGGUUGUUGGAGAAGCUUCCAUUGAUUUCUCGAGCUAUGCUGAGGCGACUAAGGUUUCCUCGGUAUCUCUUCCACUCAAGAACUCGAAAUCCGGGGCUGUAUUGCAUGUAUCGAUACAACGAAUUCAUGAUUCUUUCGACCCGAGUAUUAUUCAAGAAAACGAGACUGCUAAACCUGAUGCCGAGGAUAGGACAUUGAAGGCUCAAAUAAGCAACGAGGAUAUGGAGGCAAGUUUCCGAGAAAAUUCUGUUGAUGAAACUCCAGUGAAUAAGAACAUUUCGGUUGUUGGCAAGUUGAAUGGGCGGAGGGCGUCUAGUGAAUCUGACAUCACUUUGUCAAGCUCGGAGAGCAGCUCGGGGCUUGAUACACCCCGGGAUCUUCGAACGAAGAACAGCAAUACCUGCAAAGACCAGACGGUUGGUGUGCCAGCAAUCGAAGAGCACGAGAGAUCACGGUGGGAGUGGAUGGGAGCUUCUACUCUCGAUGGUAGCACCGAUGACUCUUCGAGCACUUCUCGAGAGGCCAAUUUGAGAGGAUCCGAAGAGAUUCCAGACGAUGUCGAGAAGCUGAGAUCAGAGUUCGUUGCUUUGGCGAGGCAGGUAGAGGUGUCUGAGCUGGAACUGCAGACGCUUCGUAAGCAAAUCGUGAAGGAGAGCAAACGAGGGCAGGAUCUUUCGAGAGAAAUCGUUGUCCUCAAAGAGGACCGGGAUGCAUUCAAGGAGGAAUGUGAAAAACUUAAAGCCUCUCGGAGACGUUUAGAUGAUGCCAAAUCUAGAGACGAGUUGCUCGACCGAGGGGACGUUCAGGCUCUUGUUCAUGAACUCAGACAAGAACUCAACUAUCAGAAGGACCUCAACGCUAAUCUUCAGAUACAGCUCGAGAAAACGCAAGAUUCAAACUCUGAGUUGAUUCUUGCUGUUCGUGAUCUCGAUGAGCUGCUGGAACAGAAGAAUAAGGAGAUCACGAAUCUUUCUGGCAAUGAUGCUAACUCGAAACCCGACAUUAACAACGAUGAUGAUGAUGAACUGGAGCAGCUCGUGAGACAGCAUAGCGAUAUUAAAGAAGCAUACCUGCUGGAGCGAAAGAUCACGGACCUCCAAAACGAGCUAGAGAUCUAUCGAAGAGAUAAAGACGAGCUAGAGAUGCAGAUGGAGCAGCUCGCACUUGAUUACGAGAUCCUGAAGCAGGAAAACCACGACUUGCUGUAUCGAGUGGAACAAAGCCAACUUCAGGAGCAGCUGAAAAUGCAGUACGAAUGUUCAACUUCGUAUGCCACGGUGAGUGAACUCGAAGCCCAGAUUGAGUUCUUGGAGAACGAACUAAAGAAGCAAUCUAAGGAAUUCUCCGAUUCCUCGCUCACCAUUAGCUCGCUCGAGUCUCAAGUCAAGAGUUUGGAGGAGGAACUGGAGAAGCAAGCACAAGGAUUCGAGGCUGAUCUCGAGGCUCUCUCUCGAGAUAAAGUCGAGCAGGAGCAAAGAGCUAUACGUGCAGAAGAAGCACUGAGAAAGACACGGUGGCAAAACGCUAACACCGCAGAGAGGCUGCAGGAGGAAUUCAAGAGGCUCUCGGUGCAAAUGGCAUCCACAUUCGAGGCUAACGAGAAACUGGCGAUUAAAGCACUGGCCGAAGCCAAUGAGCUCCGCCUACACAAAACUCAUCUCGAAGAAAUGCUGCAAGCAUCAUCCGAGGAGCUCGAGUCCGAGAGAGAACAUUACGAAUCGAGAUUGCACGAGCUCACCUGUCAAGUCGAGAAAUCUUUAAAUGAAUUGAACAGCAUAACACAUCUUAAGGACGAGAAGGACAUGCUAGUUGGUAAACUCGAGUCGGAGAUAGGUACUCUUAGAGAGCAAUAUAACACUCGUUUUUCUGAGGAUGAAUCGGAGAAAGAUAAGUUGAGGAAGCAGGUGUCCCAAUUGAAGGGCAAUCUGAAGAAGAAAGAAGACGCAUUAAAUAGCUUAGAUAAGAAACUCAAAGAUGCAAACAACAAGCUCGCGUCUACUAAUGGAGCAAGAGCUGCUUCGAGGAACAAUAAAUUUGCAUCUGCUACCCAGGGUCUCAAGGAGGUUAAUAGUCUAAAGGAUAAAAUCAAAUUGCUCGAGGGUCAGAUCAAGCUUAAGGAAAAUGCUCUCGAGACCUCAACAAAUUCGUUUUUGGAGAAGGAGCAAGACCUUCAAAAUAAAAUUGAAGAGUAUGAAGCGAGACUAGAACAAAUCAAUCAGAAUACUGCAAGCAUUUGUGAACAGAAUCCCGAAAAGGUAGCUACAGAAGACUUAAGUCUGAAUUCUGGCAUGACUGAAACAGUAAAUAGCAGUGAGAAUGGUUUACUAUUGAGCGAAGUUACUUUACUGAGGGAGAAGAACUCAUUGAUGGAAGACGAGUUGAAGGAAAUGCAAGAGAGAUACUCGGAAAUAAGCCUCAAGUUUGCAGAGGUAGAAGGCGAAAGACAGCAACUUGUGAUGAAAGUGCGCAACCUUAAGAACGCAAAAAAGGGUCACUGAAUCAUCAACCAGAUUCUUUUGCUGCUGAAAGAUCUAGAUGCAAUUUGUAUUCAAGAAUUCAUUCAAGAAUGAAAAAGAAAAAAAAAAAUAGAGAAGGUUGUAUAUUUAUGAAAUACAUUCGUUCUUUGUUCUUUGUUCUUUGUUCUUUCCUCUCUUGCAUAUAGUAUGAUCUCCCUAUAGGAUAUAUAACAAAAUGACAGUAGCCUUACUCUGUAGGUAUAUACAAUGUGUAUCCACAGAUUUUGCAUAAUAUUGAUGCAGUUGUUAAUUGUUUGUGAUAA